AUGCAGGGGCUCAGGAAGACCAAAGCCCCUGACCUCAUUAAUGCGAAGAUCAUAAUAGACAACCGUUAUAAAAGACUGCUUCUCAAGCCGAGCCUGUUACUGAACGGGAUCAUCAAGUAUCCCUUUCUAAAGGAGAGUGAUAGGCAAAAAAGAGGGUACCUUUUAUUCCGACUCUCCAACCCGCUGCUAGCAUCUUACGGGCCGCAGCCAACUGGGUUCUGUGCUCAGCAGCUUGCCAAACCUCGGCAUGGCUCGCCUGCAUGCCCUGCUGUAGCCCCUACUGAAGGCCGCUUUUCCAACCUUGCUCUUCGUCACUCAGGGUCCGGCAGCGUCAUGACCCAAUUGGAAAAAGGUAACCCCAAAAAGAUAAUGUCAUCCAAGUUUGGGUUUAGUCAUGCUUUAGUGAAGGCUUUCUCAGGGAAUAUUGUUGGCUGUAGAACGAAUGUGAAAUUGGGCGGUUCUAAACGAUGA